GUUGAAACUUUUCCAAUUUACCACAUGGGAUGGAGUAUUAGAUGAUUAGUAUUUAUUUUCUUUAUUUUUUGAUUAGGAGGAAAUAUUCAAUAACUGCAUUUUGCUUAUGAUCAGCAUUUGUAUUACCAGUUCUAAUUAAUUAAUUACUGUUCAUUAGAGAUGGGAAGAUCAGACAAGGAUAGAGAUCUGGAACGUCUGAUGCCGGUGGGAACCUUGGCCGUUGAUGUAACAAAAAUCAACGGCUCCAAAUCUUCAGAUCAAUCUCCCUCGCCUUCCUCUCAUCACUCCGACAAAGAGGCAUUUGGCAAACAUAUUCAUAGCUGGCUUUCAAAAAAAUUUGUGAGCGGAUGUGUCAUAUUAUUUCCCAUAGCCAUAACUUUCUACCUUACUUGGAAGCUCAUUAAUUUUGUGGAUGGCUUCUUUUCUCCAAUCUAUAAUCAUCUUGGGAUUGAUGUAUUUGGUCUUGGAUUUGUGACAUCCUUAAUUUUCAUAUUCUUGGUUGGUGUGUCCAUGUCCUCAUGGUUAGGUGCAUCUCUUCUUAGUUUAGGAGAAUGGAUCAUUAAAAAAAUGCCACUCAUGAGUUAUAUCUACACUGCAUCCAAGCAAAUUAGUAGUGCAAUUUCACCAGAUGAAGAUUCACAUGCCUUCAAAGAAGUGGCAAUUAUAAGGCAUCCGCGCCUUGGUGAAUACGCGUUUGGUUUCAUUACAUCAAGCAUUGUUCUUCGUAAAAACACAGGUGCUGAGGAACUCUGUUGUGUUUAUGUUCCUACUAAUCAUCUUUACCUUGGAGAUGUAUUCCUUAUCAAUUCUAAGGACAUUAUGAGGCCUAAUCUCUCUGUUAGAGAAGGAAUAGAAAUUGUAAUCUCAGGAGGCAUGUCUGUACCCCAACUAUUGACGAUAGUUGAUAAGCAAUCUACUCUAUCUCCAAGAAUUGGAAAAUUUGCUGUUCCUCAAGUUUGAUGAUCAUAAUGUUUGAACUGGGGAAAAUGCACUUUACUGUUAAUAUUAUUCAAUAGAUAGUCUAUUUGCUAGAGGCAAAGCCAGAAUUUAAAGUUUGUGAUUUUGUGUUUUUACUUCUGUUACGUUAUUGGGUUCUAAAUCAAUAAUUUGUACAUAUUAACUCAAUGGAUUACGUAAGGCAAUAUAAGAUUUGAAUCAAAGUUACUGUGUUCGCGGAUUUGCUGCUGGUGGAUAAUUCUUGUGGCUCUUCUUUACUUGACACCCUUGUUUGAACAAUGGUAAAUGUGGGGAAAAAAUAUUUGUAAUUCUAACUAGCCUAUGAAUGAGUUGGAUAUAUAAAAUCUCGUUAGGAUUUUAUAUUGCUAAAUCUUGUUCCUUUCUUCAAAUCAAUAUAUAAUUCCUUUAAUAAUAUUCAAAUGUGAGUAUGUGACGGGCUUAAACACGGUGUAUUGAACAGUGAUGAUUCAUACAGUCGGUUUUAACUUAUACUUGGAUGGAUGGAAGUCUGGAAAUCAAAUGAAUAACCUUGACUCUAAUACCACUUGUUAAAAUCAAAGGAUGACUUUUAUUUUAAUCAAACCCAUCGAAUGAACAUGUUCUAUUCGUGACUCUGAUUCUGACGCGACCACUCCAAUCUCAUCGUGAUUGAAAUAGUAGAACAUUAUGUGCAAGCUAAUAAUUGCAAAUCAUGAUAGUGAUAUACGAAAAAGAAAAUGAAGGGAUUAGUUAUCUUACGUAAGUUUUUCUGACCCAAAAAAUUAUGUACUUUUUGGACCAUGCUAAUUAUAUGCUUCAAUUAUACGCUCCUAUCUUGAGUACAACA